CGAUGACACCGAGGUAUUAACAUUGGGCUACUCGCGCGUUGUCAGCUCAGUCGCAAAACUCACGCGACGCCGGCGCAGGCGCAGAUAAAGCCAGACUUUUGGAGAAAUCAACCCUUAUCUUUUAAAAACUUUUUUGGUUUAUCUCGCGAGGGGUGCAGACCCCCGAAAUGGGGUUUAAUUUAUUUAAAUUGUGUAUACUGCUGUGGGCAAGUGCAGCAGCCUCACCACAGUAUAGAGACGAGAAUGCAUUCGACAGAAAAGCUGUGGAAGGUGUCCCCGAACAUGAACCAAUUGCGACCCCUAUUAGGGCUUCAGUGGAGAGUGUCCCGUUGAGAAACCUCCCGGAUGAUAGUGAUGGCCGUCUACCGUUACGAGAUGCUGUAGAGAAGUUACCAAUACCAGUGUUGGACCAGGAGUCGCUUAUCAAAUUAGUAGGGAAAUCUCAUAUGUCCUUGAAAGACGUCGAAGACUUCAGAAAAUAUUACGGAGCCGCAAGUCAUUUAAACAAUGUCUCUCGUACGGAUGAAAGGUUGCAUUUGGGAAACGCCAAUCUUCAAGAGAUGCAACAAACUGUGAGCGGGUCAAAUCACCGGCGUAUGAUCGUUUGCUACUUGGAGUCUUGGGCUGCAUAUAGGGCGCCGCCCUUGGCAUUCACAGCCGGGCUUGUACCUAAGUCAUGUACACAUUUGCACUACGCUUUUGCUGUUCUACACCCACAUACAUACAACGUUAUGUCGGCAAAUGAAGAUUAUGAUAUUAUUAAGGGAGGUUAUAGAAUAGCUACUGGAUUGAAAAAGCGUAUCCCUGGUCUCCGAGUGCUCGUCAGUGUAGGAGGAGAAGGAACAGGAAGACUCUUCAGCGAAAUGGUCCAAAUGCCAUACCGUCGUAACUCAUUCAUUGAUAGUGCAGUCAACUUUUUGCGAGAACACGAUUUUGAUGGUCUUGACUUACAUUGGGUAUAUUCAGGUGAUAAAGAUGAUAAAGAGAAAGAUCUAUUGACAACUUUGUUAUAUGAGUUGCGUGAGAAGUUUUCGUCUUAUGGAUUGUUGCUCUCAACCGUAUUACCACCAUUUAGGUAUCAAAUAGAAGAUGGCUACGAUCUUAGCGCAGUGAGCGGUGCGACGGAUUACACGAUUCUUCAGGCGUGGGAUAUGACUCAUGGGAAAAAAGAUGAACCUCCCACAAGGGCUGUGCAGCACAGUGCCCUUCACAGGGACCCUGGAGCGACUGCUAGGGACCAACGAUAUGACAACGUGGAAUUUAUGGUGAAAUACAUUUUGCGUCAUGGUAUGGCAGCAGAGAAGCUGGUCUUGGGUGUACCACUUUUCGGACGCAGUUACACGUUGGCAGCCUCUACCUUACCAGCUCCUGGCGCAGCUGUGAGUGACUGGGGAGACGAGGGAAUAUACACACAAACAAAAGGAACGCUUGCGUACUUCGAGAUAUGUAUGACUGAACGUGAUGGCAAAGGCUCCAGUGGCGUCGAUGAAGAUGGAAACGCGUUCGCCGUCUUUGACAACCAAUGGAUCAGCUUUGACACACCGAAUACUAUUAUGGAGAAGAUGAAUUUCAUAACGGAAGCUGGUCUUGCUGGAGCAGCAGCGUGGGCUGUUGACAUGGAUGACUUUAGAGGACUCUGCGGCGCUCCUUUCCCAUUGCUGAGCGCUAUUUCUAUAACACUUAAUGGCGAAUCAACACACACCGAUCAAUCAUCGCUUAAAGUAGGAUCUUGUGAAGCGAUCAGCCCUUACUUAGCAUCAGAUGAGGAAUCGUGCGCACACUUCCAUUUCUGUACCGGUGGCAUCAGUUAUAGAAUGAUCUGUGAGGACGACCGGCUUUAUGAUCCGUCAACUGGUUUCUGUGGACAUCAAGACGUAGCCAAGUGCAUCCCAGGACAGAGUCUAAGAAUAAGUGUAGAAGACGCAGCAAGAUUCUUACCUAUCGCUUACGAAAAUGACUUUGAAUGGAAUACUUCUCCAGAAAGAGCAAAACCCCUUCAUAACGCAUAUACAGCUUUAGCAGACUUUAAAAAGAACAAAGAAAACGACAAGAAGGUUCUAUGCUACAUAACCAGCUGGGCAUUCUACAGACGUGGAGAUGGAAAAUUCUUACCCGAACACAUUGAUACGCGGCUUUGUACGCACGUCGUGUACGCGUACGCAUCUUUGAGCCCCGACGAGCUCAUUGCUAAACAAUUCGACCCGUGGGCUGAUGUAACUAAUAAUCUAUAUGAAAGAGUAACAUCAUUGGGCGAUGUAAAGGUAUUGCUUGGACUCGGAGGAUGGACAGAUUCCUCUGGCGACAAAUAUUCGCGUUUAGUAUCGUCACCAGUUAAUCGCGCAAGAUUUAUAGAGAAACUCAUUCCUUUCCUGCGAAUGCAUAAUUUCAAGGGUCUACAUUUGGAUUGGAACUAUCCAGUUUGUUGGCAAAGCAACUGCAAGAAGGGUGCCGUAUCUGAUAAACCGAACUUUGCUAAGUUUCUCCAGGAACUAUCCAAAGCCUUACAUGACGCGGGAAUGGAACUGGGUAUAGCUGUUUCUGGCUACAAGGAAGUCAUAGAGUCUGCGUAUGACCUGCCUACAAUAUCAAAAGCGGUAGACUUUAUGAGCACAAUGACAUAUGACUAUCAUGGAGGCUGGGAGAAAUCCACUGCUCAUCAUACACCCUUGGUGCCUUUGAAGAAGGAUGCGUUAGCUUAUUACUCUGUGGAAUACGCGGUCAAAGCUCUGAUAAGUAAAGGAGCAGACCCCAAGAAAUUACUUCUGGGUUUAGCUUUCUAUGGUCAAUCGUACCGUUUAUCAGAAACGGCCGGUUCUAGAGGUCCAGGUACUUCAGCGGCUGGACCUGGAGAUUCUGGGGAGUUCACUAAGCAACCGGGGAUGCUGUCAUAUUACGAAAUAUGUUACAGAGUGAAGAACUUGAGAUGGAAAACAGGCCGUCAAGAAAAGGCCGGGCCAUACGCUUACUCUGACAAUCAGUGGGUUGGAUAUGAUGACCCUAAAUCAAUCACUGAAAAGGUGGAAUGGGCGCUACGCCAAGGUAUGGGCGGUGUAUCAGCCUGGGCAAUAGACUUGGAUGACUUCAACAACCGCUGUUGCAAUGAGCCAUCGCCAUUGCUGCGGGCUGCUGGGCGGGCUUUGGGCAGAACUGUACCUUCGCCUCCAACAUCUCCUUGCGAGCGUCCACCUGAACCUGUUACUCCGGCACCGCCUAUUACCACUCCAGCGGAAGCUGAUGGGGCCAUAUCCGGUGGAGGUAGUGGUGGUAACCACAACCAUGACCAUGGUAGCCACACCUCAACCACUUGGCCAAGUUGGUCACCUUCAACUACACAAAGUACCACACAAACAUGGUGGCCACCAGCUACUACUACUCAGAUGACAACUACAACCACUACAACGCAACGACCUUCUACAACACAACGGCCAACUACAACAACUACUAGACGAACAACAACCUCGCCAACUACAACUACAACCGCUCAGAAACCAUCAAAUAUAGAUACAGAUGAUGAAGGAUCAGCAUGUGAAGCGGGUGAAUACAAAGCUGCACCGGGUGACUGUGAAGCGUAUCUUCAGUGUGCAGGAGGCCAAUGGCGAAAGAACCGCUGUGCUCCUGGCUUGCAUUGGUCAACUAAAGCCAAUAGAUGUGAUUGGCCAUCCUUCGCAAAGUGCACGUCGCCACCAGCCAGCGAGCCAACCACAAUAACAACGUUAGCUCCAUCUACCACAUCUCGACCGCCUCCAACUACUACUACUAGGCGAACCACUACAACUAGAACCACAACAACCACUAGAACAACAACUACGACUACGGCUAGGACAACAUUAGCAGAUGAAUAUCCUGAGACGUCCGAAGGGAAACCAUGUGGUAAUCAAGAUUAUAUGGGAUCAGAAGAUGACUGCAACUCGUACUUGCAUUGUGACGGGUCAGUUUGGAGGCGGCAACGAUGUGCACCUGGGCUUCACUGGAGUGCUGAUAAGAAACACUGUGACUGGCCUAAAUAUGCCAAAUGUGAAAUUAAGUCUGGAACACAAAAAACUACGACUACACCUAAACCAACGCGACCUCCAACCAACAGACCAACUACACCAAGCGCUAACAAGGCGAGAGAAGAUGGCCCUUGUGGUGGAAACGACGUGCACGCAGCAGCCUCUACUUGUGAUUCAUACUUGUUGUGUGUGGGAGGCAAAUGGCGUCGCCAGUUAUGUCCACCGGGCUUACACUGGGAUAACCGAUCUAAACGAUGUGAUUGGGCCGAAUUUGCUAUGUGUGAAGCUAGCAGAGUUACAUCGAAACCGCCGUACCAAAUGAUCGUCUCGACAACAUCAACCAGAAGACCAACAAAACCAGCUAGAAGACCAACAACAACAACCAGACGCCCUACAACAACACGUGCAUCGACAACAACAAGACGAUCCUUCACACAAAAUGAACAAUAUCAAAAACCCCCGCGUUGCCGUACCGGCACAUACCACCCCCACCCGCGCUGCGAGAAAUUCUACGUUUGCGUAAAUGGCGUAUUGGUUGCUCAAAGCUGCGCCCCAGGCCUUGUGUGGAGACACGAGCGCUCCCAAUGCGACUUCCCCACACAAUCGUCGUGCACUGACAGAAGGCAGGUCUUUCCAGGUGUAUCAGAUACUAAGCCAAGUGCUAGUUUACAGGUGGAUGAACAACCUGCAUCCUGCGAAAAUGGCCAAUACGCAGUUAACCCAUCGGACUGUUCACGUUACAUGCAUUGUUUGUUUGGCAAAUACGAAGAGUUCGCUUGCAGUCCAGGAUUACACUGGAAUCAGGAUAAACAAAUAUGUGACUGGCCUCAAAGUGCCAAGUGCACGGUCCAUACAGUAACAACGACUACAAGCGCGCCGGCUCUCUCUGAAGAAGAUAUCGAGGUGGUCCCAUCCAAGCCCAUACAAUUGCCAUCUGUAGGAAUCGUGGACGAAGCUUCGCGUCCACCACUUCGCAAUAGUCGUUUUAAACUGGUUUGUUACUACACGAACUGGUCGUGGUACCGUCCCGGUUUGGGCAAAUUUACACCGGAAGAUAUCGACCCGUCGCUCUGUACUCACAUUGUGUAUGGCUUUGCUGUUCUAAGUGAUGACGGACUCAUGGUUGCACACGACCCGUGGGCAGACAAUCAAAAUAGAUUCUACGAACGUAUUGUGCAGUUCAAGAAAUAUGGUACAAAAGUAUCAAUAGCUAUUGGUGGAUGGAAGGACUCCGCAGGCGAUAAAUACUCCAAGUUAGUAAAUGACCCUGCUGCGAGAAGACGCUUUGUGAAAAAUACCUUGGAUUUCAUUGAGAAGUACGGAUUUGAUGGACUUGAUUUGGAUUGGGAAUAUCCUAAGUGCUGGCAGGUGGACUGUUCUAAAGGCCCAGACUCAGACAAGGAAUCCUUCGGCGAAUUAGUUCGAGAACUGUCAGCCGUUUUGAAACCCAAGGGACUACUCUUAUCUUCUGCGGUAUCACCAAGCAAAAUGGUGAUAGAUGCGGGCUAUGACGUUCCCGUGUUAGCGAAAUAUCUAGAUUGGAUUGCUGUUAUGACGUAUGACUAUCAUGGACAGUGGGAUAAGAAGACUGGUCACGUGGCUCCACUUUACUACCACCCUGAUGAUGACAACACUUAUUUCAAUGCAAAUUACACAAUGCACUACUGGAUUGAAAAAGGCACUCCUGCUAACAAAUUAGUUAUGGGAAUGCCUUUGUACGGUCAAACAUUUAAGACUAUGUCGGGUUGGAAUAACAGAGGAGCAAGUAGUUUGAACUCACCAGCUCUUGCGGGAGGUGAUGCGGGAGAAUACACUAGAGCAAGCGGCUUCCUGGCUUAUUAUGAGAUUUGCGACAGAAUCAAAAAUCAUAACUGGGUAGUCGUAAAGGAUCCUUACAAACGAAUGGGUCCUUACGCCUACAGUGGUGAUCAAUGGGUAUCAUUUGACGAUGUAGAGAUAGUAAAAAAGAAAGUUAACUUCAUUAAAUCGUUGGGUCUCGGCGGUGGUAUGGUGUGGGCUCUGGACCUUGAUGACUUCCAGAAUAGAUGCAACCAAGGCAAAUAUCCUCUUAUGAAUGCUAUAAAGGAGACGUUCCUUAACCCUAAAAUUGAGUCCGAUACAUUUCUUCCUCCACCUUUACCCGAACCAGAAAAUAAUAUCGAUGAAGAUCUUGACGACAUCGAAGUAAUACCCAGUUACAAUAAACCUACAACUCGGCCAACUAGUCGACCAACUAGUCAACCGACUAGUCCUGCAACCAGUCGGCCAACUCAAGUUACUCAAAGCACCUCUCCAGUAAUAAUUAUGGAUGAAAUGGAACAACAAAAAGUUGUGUGCUACUACACAAAUUGGGCUUGGUACAGACCUGGCUCCGGAAAGUUCGUUCCAAGUGACAUAGACCCAUCGCUGUGUACCCACAUCAUCUACGCUUUCGCAGUCCUUGACAGCUCCAGACUUGUUCUCAAACCUCACGAUAAUUGGCUGGAUGUUGAAAAUAAGUUCUAUGAAAAGGUAAUAGCAUUGAAGAAACAAGGCGUCCGUGUACUACUAGGAUUGGGAGGAUGGAACGACUCUGCUGGAGACAAGUACUCACGUCUCGUGAACAAUCCUGGCGCAAGGAGGAAGUUCGUCGUCCACGCCCUUGACUUCAUAGAACAAUACGAAUUUGACGGUCUGGACCUUGAUUGGGAAUAUCCUAAGUGUUGGCAAGUAGAGUGUGAAAAGGGACCUAGCUCGGAUAAACAAGGAUUCUCCGAAUUGGUAAAGGAACUACGCGUUGCCUUCGCUCGAAAGGGUCUCUUGCUAUCAGCUGCAGUGUCUGCUAGCAAACGUGUUAUUGACUAUGCAUACGACGUCCCAACACUGGCAAAGAACUUGGAUUGGAUAUCGCUAAUGACAUACGAUUACCACGGGCAAUGGGACAAGAAAACUGGGCACGUCGCACCCAUGUAUGCAUCUGAUGAUGACGCGGAUAAAACCUUUAAUGUGAACUUCACAGUGAGCUACUGGAUAAACAAAGGCGCUCCCAAAAGCAAAUUGAUAAUGGGUAUCCCAUUCUAUGGUCAGAGUUUCUCUUUGAUGGAGAAUGCGGGAAAUAGUUUAAACGCACCGUCGUACGCGGGCGGAGAAGCUGGAGACGAAACCAGGGCUAGAGGUUUCCUGUCUUUCUAUGAGAUUUGUGAACGCAUUCGAGUCCAAGGCUGGCGGGUCCGCCGGGACCCCGGAGGUCGUAUGGGACCUUACGCCACAUUACACGACCAAUGGGUCUCCUUUGACGACGAUUUUAUGAUUCGUCAUAAAGCUGAAUAUGUCCGCGCCAUGGACUUAGGAGGGGCCAUGAUUUGGGCCCUGGAUUUAGAUGAUUUUACGGGCAAAUAUUGCGGAUGUGGGAAAUAUCCUUUGCUUACAACAAUCAACCAUGUUUUAAGAGGACAUGAUGCUCCAACUAGAUGUGGACUAGAAGAAAUUGAAAUUCCACCGAGCAUGGAAGAUACGACAGCACUUCAGCCUGUUCAAACUACAAGUCCUCCUUUAGCUGAUACAGAAAUAGACACUGAUAUUGAGGUAACUUCAAUAGAAGGAUCGUCGUGUACGAGUGGGUUCCGCGCAGACGCAGUCGAUUGUACUAAGUACUACUUAUGUAUCGGAGGUCGUUACAUGCAGCUUGCUUGUCCGCCACCAUUAGUAUGGAACCAGAAUCAUUGUGAUUGGGCAGCAAAGUCAAAUUGCAAGAACAAAGCCAAUUUAAAACUGAGUUCGGAUCAAGACGUGAUAAUGACUGAGAAGCCCAUCAUCGCGUGUUAUUUCACCAAUUGGGCAUAUUACAGGAAGGAUGAAGGCAGCUUUGGACCUCAGCAAGUAGACCCAUCAUUGUGCACACACCUUAUUUACUCAUGGGCUCACCUUGACAACAAUUUCACCCUCUCAGCUGGAAAUCCAGAGCUGGAUAUUGUUAAUGAUUUCUAUGGCAAAAUUACGGAAUACAAACUAAUGGGUAUAAAGAUUAUUUUGGGAGUGGGUGGUAUUGAAAAUUCGGAAGGAAACACUUGGAGUGAAAUGGUGUCUAAAUCUGAAAACAGGAAAAUAUUUGUAAAAUCCGCGCUGAAAUUCAUACAAAAGUGGAAUUUCGAUGGACUACAACUCGCGUGGCAGUAUCCUGUAUGUAAACAAGUUCCAUGCUCAAACAACAAGGUGGAAGAAAAGGAGAACUUCAGUCUUCUCUUGGCUCUUCUCUCAAAGGCAUUCCAGCGUCAUAACCUGGAGGUCUCAGCCAUGGUUUCCCCUCAUCCACAAAUAGCAGCGCUGGCUUACGACCCUGAAACUCUUUCUACCCUGGACUGGAUUAGCAUAGCAGCUAACGAUUACUAUAGCACUAAUGAGAAGACCACUUAUCUGUUGCCACUUGAGAAGACUGAACUUAAUGAAAUGGAUAACUUUCAAUCAAUAAUACAAUACUGGAAAAGUAUAGUUCCAAGUAACCGGUUAGUGUUAAGCGUACCGGCAUAUGGCCGUUCAUACACCCUGCGCUCUGAGACGAAUGCUGUGCCCGGGGCAUUGGCCAUUGCACCUGGCGAACCCGGGAAAAGUACUCAAGUUCCCGGAUUCCUCGCAUAUAAUGAGAUAUGCAAAGGAAAAUUAGAUAACUGGAAGAUCUCAGCUAGUCCGUCAGGUACGUAUGUGGUCUCCGGUUCCCAAUGGGUCACUUACUUGAGGCCCGAAGAGGUCCAUCGAAUGUCUGCCUCCAUUGCCCUUGAGGGACUCAGAGGCGCAGCGUUAUGGGCGAUGGACCUUGACGAUUGGACUGGGUCCUGUGCUUGCAGGCCUUGGCCCAUACUUACAGCUUUACGCCAGGGACUUUUGGAACCAACUCUACCACCUGUCAUUUGCCUUUAGGACUUAUUAUUGGAUGAAAGGAAAAAUUAAGACUUGACUGAAACUACGGUUUAUAAUUAACAUUUCACCUGCUGUCUAUAAAAGGAAAUUGAGUGUCCUGUACUGUUACCUCUUAGACGUAAGAUGUCGUAAGCAAUUGUUUUAGUACGUGGAGCUAUUAUUGUAUUUUACUUUUGUUGCUUUAUUGAAAAAAUUUGCACCAUUUUAUAAUGCAUUGCAUAUUGAAUAUGUUAACAGUUUUUCAUGGUAUCAUCUACAAUUUAUUGUAGUAAGUCCUGCCUUUAUGUAUAGAAGAAAUUUGACAGUGCUGUGUUGGGUUAUCUCUAGUAUAUUUGUAAGAAAAAGACUUAUAUGUUUAAGUAGAUUUUUUAAUAUUACGACAUGAACUUAUUUUUGUAGGAAUUUCUCAUUUUGUAUUAAAGUUAUAUCUACUACGCAAAUUUAUGAACAAAUAUUUUUGUUACUAUUGUAUUCUUAUCUUAAAACAGCUUUCUCGUAUUAUAUAUAGUAGGUAUUUCAGUCAUUCGCAAUAUUAAUUGAAAUAUUUCAUCAGAAUUUAUAUUCAACUUUAGUCGUUUAAGAGUUACCAGACGACAAUACAAUGUGUGUAAUUUGAGAUAUUAAAUAGAAAAUGGUAUGACCUC